AUGGAUAGAGAUCAAGCACCCGAAAGGAAAAGUACAUUUUCUAAUCUUAAGAUGGUGCAGAGGAAAGCAGGAGAGGAAAGGAAAAUUUUGCAAGCCAGAGUGGAUACUAAAGUGACCCCAACCAAGCCAGUGGACCCCAAGGAACUGGAGGAAAAAGUAAGAAGGGUGCAGGAAAAGUUUCGGCAAGAUAGCGAGCAGAGACAGACCAUAUUUGUCAAGAAAACCCCUGCGAUCAACAAGUUAAGAAGAAAGCUAGCACCAGAGGCAGCAACAGCACCAGCCAAGGUGAGCAAGAUGGAGGUAGUGCUGGAGAAAGCAGAACGAGAGAAGGAGGAGCGAGCAAGGAAAGCAACAGAGUUAGCAGGGUCAGGGAAGACCUGGAUAGAAAUGAUAGAGGAAGAGGAAAAAGCAGUAGAGGAAGCAAUGGAGGUAGCUGAGACAGCAAGUGAACAUGUGUGCUUACCAGGGCAGUGCGAAGUUAUAGCAAAUAACCAGCCGUUUUUACCCUCAAGCCCAUCAAGUUAUUCAAGCUCCUCGAGUUCCUCAAGUUCCUCAAGCUCCUCAAGUUCCAGUGAAAGCUCGAGCGAAAGUGAGAGUGAGAAUGAAGGUGAAAAGAAGGAUGAAACAAUGUGCAGCGAAUUUGAGCAGGAGAUAGAGAAACUGCAGAACGUAAUGGAGGAGAUGGAAGAAGAAAAACAGAUAGAUGAGAAAAUAAUGAAGGAGGAGGAAGAGAUUGCUAAGCUUACGGAGAAGUUAGAGGAACUGAACAAAAGCAAGGUGACAUGGAGACUGUACAAAAUAGACGAAGGGUGUUUGUCAAAACCGACACCAAAAAAGGAGUGGAUGGAGAAGCUGCAGAGGAAGAAAGAGGAGGAACAAGGAAAGAAGAAAUUUCAUCCGGAGGACCCUCGGUUCCAGCUGCGUUGCAGAAAAUGCAACCAGAGGGGACACCAAACGUCAGCAUGCACUGCAGAGAAGAGGAAGAGAAAACAUUAA